UAAUUAUUUUAGUUGCUCAGUAGGUCUUCUAGAGUGCGGACGCUUAAUAAUUUAUUAUGGCUAAAAGUGAAAUUGAUAAGUACGAGGAUUAUCUAGCAGAUUAUCUCAAAAACACCAAAAAUCUGGCAUUACUUUUGGACUAUGAUGGCACUCUAACACCAAUAGUAGCCCAUCCAGAUCUGGCCAAAAUUCCACCAGAAACUAAAACACUUUUAGAAGAUUUAUCCAAAAAUCCCAAAGUGUUUCUAGCCAUCAUUUCAGGAAGAAAUGCCGAAAACGUCAAACAACUUGUUGGUAUCAAUGAUAUUGUCUAUGCCGGCAACCACGGCUUGGAAGUAAUUUACCCAGAUGGUUCCAAAUACGUGCAUCAAUUACCAACAAAUUUUGAUAACCAAGUGAAAGAUUUAAUAUCAAAUCUGGAAAAAUCAGUUGUCAGGGAUGGUGCCUGGAUUGAAAACAAAGGCGCGUCUUUGACGUUUCAUUUCAGAGCUACUCCGGAAGACAAACAGCCGGAAAUUGAAAAAAAUGCCAGAGACAUAAUAGAAAAGGCUGGAUUUAAGGUGGGCAAUGCCCAUAUGGCUCUAGAGGCCAGGCCCAAAGUGGAAUGGAAUAAAGGCAAAGUGGCCUUGUUGAUUCUGGAUAGGAAAUUUGGUGAAAAUAAAUGGCAGGGAAGCGUUAAUGUUGUAUUUGCUGGCGAUGAUACUACAGAUGAAGAUGCAAUUUUGGCUUUAAAAGGCAAUGCGGCAACGUUUAGGAUAGCAACAACCUCAAACGUAAUCACCAAUGCAGAAAGAUUACUUUCUUCAACCCAGUCAGUUGUCAGCAUUUUGAAACUAAUCAAAAAACUACUGAAAUAGUGGCCAAGAAAAAACUUUUAUUUUAUUUAUUAUAUAAAAAAAACAAACCUAAUCUAACAUUUUGUCAUGAUAUAAAAUAACUAUAUACAAAACUAACAAAAUAAUUAUUAAUUAGUUAUUACCGCGUUUGUUCCAAGAGUUCUCAUCAACUUGUAACAGUCUUGUAACUGUUUCUGAUCGCCGAUCCUUUCUAGAGUUUUAGCUGCUUCUACCAACAUUCCAGCUCUUUCACCAGGGGACGAUAAUAAUUGACCUGGAAGGUGUUUGCAGGCCAUAUAGAGGGCAGCAGCGUGCUGUCUGUCGUUGCCCAUUUCGAACAAAAAUAAAAUUCUUCUAACCUUUUUUACAAAUAAUAGAUGUUCUCCCUUGCCUGUGCCUCAAACUUCUAUCCAAAAGUUGCUGAGUUCUACCAGGAGCGGCUCCAGCAAUUAAUCUCAAGGUGGCUUCGUACAAAAACACUCUUGACAGGGCAAACUAAAUUUUAAAAAAAUCAAUUAUAGGCAUUUUGCCUACACUGGAAAAAUAAAAAUUACUGGCAAAUGUUCCGCUAAAGACCUAAGCGACACCAAAUCCUUAUUGAAAGCGGUCAAGCAACUGCUCGGAGCUGGAGGUUUCGCACCUCCAUCAACACUAUCUUCCCAUAAAGAGGUUCUAGUUUCGAGUAGCCAAUCACAUACAACCAUUUGUGACAACUGAAAAGAUUGUAUUUGAAUGAAAAACUGUUACAGGAACCAUUUUCUAUCCAGA